AUGGGAAAGUCGUUACGGUCUAAGCGCAUCCAGCGGUUGAAGGCAAAGAAGAGGGACAUUGCGGACCAACACUACGACACCAAGGAGGAGCCCACCCGCAAUAUUCUCGAAGCUAUAGUGGCAGCGCCGUCGGUGUAUACUUCGCACGUCGAGAAGAUUGCACAAAAGAAGACUGGCGGCUCAUCAGGCGAAGAUGCGGAGAUGGACGCAGAAGGAGCGGGAAACGCGGAGGACGCAGCGGCCAUGGACGAGGAUGGAAAGGGCGCGAAGAACAAGCGGCUUGGGGUGCGGGGCAAGGUGAUUGGGAAGAACAAGGGGACCCGGGGGAAAGCUCUCAAGGGGACCAGCGGUGGGCGCAAGUUCAGUUCGCGGAAAACGGUCAAGGGGAAGAAGAAGGGGCUGAAGGUGCCAAAGAAGGUGUCGGCUAAGAUUGCACGGAAGUCCAAGUACCCCGUCUGA